AUUAUUUCGGUUUGUAACAGGUGGUCCUGGACUGUGGCUCAUUCCUGACUGCUUGUAACAUCCGCAGUGUGGGAUAAAUGAGCAGUAUUUAAGACAAAACUUGUAGCUUCCAGUGAGAAGUGAUGAGUGGCACAGAUGGGGGAAUAAUAGGUGGUGACGGAGAGGUGCUGGAAGGGUUCCUGUGCCCGUUCUGUCUCAUUGACCUUACAUCCAUCACACAGCUCCAGGCUCACUUUGAGGAGCAGCACUCAUCUGAGGAUAAAGCUGUUCUCCAGUCUCUCAAAGGUUUUUUAACUAAGGCAAAGAAAAAGUUACUGAAUGAAGAUGAGCCAGAUUUUGCGUCACCACGAGGACGCACUCCCUCUGAUGGUGACACUGUGGAGUAUGAGCCUAAUAACCCAUGGAACUGGGAUCCUCCACCUUUGGGGCCUUCAAGAAGUCAUACAGCUCUUUUCAAAAAGAUAAGAAGUGCAAGAAUAGACUCCUUUGUUGCAGAGACAAACAAAUUGCUUAUAAGACUAGACAAACUUCUUAAGGAUUUACCCAAUGAUCCUGUGAAAAGAAAAGCCCAUGAGCGCAGCAUUGUCAUGUGGGCAGAGGACAAAGAUGUCCCACUCUGCCCAUUCUGUGCUCGGUCGUUCAACUUGGCCCGCCGCCGCCACCACUGCCGUCUAUGUGGAGGCAUCAUGUGUGAUGAGUGUUCACAUUUUCUGACCUUUGAUUAUGCAAAAAAGCUUGUAAGUCCAGUUCAUCAAGGCAGCCAAGAUCAGACACCAGCAUUAAGUACAAGCAGUGGGGCAGGCUCAGGCAUGUCUUCCUUACUCUCGGGCAUCUCGGGUCUGCGUCGCUCUGGCUCUCAGGGUUCUCUUAAUUCUCUUCUUUCUGUGAUGGAUUCCAUGACGGCAGAGCAACACUUCCGCACCUGUACACACUGUAUGACGCGACUCCAAGCCAGGGACAGUCAAAUGGAGCAACGUAUGUCAAAGCCUACACUUUCCCUCUACUACGAGAAACUGAUGGAAUACAGAUCCCAGAUUGAGAGUCUUUUACCUCAGUUUAUACGUAUGGCAGAGUCAUUAAGCUGUGGAGAAACAACAUACAGUCUACGAGAUGCAGAAGAACUACGAAUAAAAAUUCUCAAGAAAGGUGACAGCCUGAAUUCCAUGGCUCAGCGUGUGCGGACCCUGGGUAGCACUACAGGCCAAGACGUGACAGAUGCUGCCUCAAGUAAUAGCCCUUCUUCAGGCCCACGACAAGAACUUCUGCAGCGUAGAAUACAGUCUACUACAACAGGGUUUCUUAAGGAGCAUAUUCUUAGUCUUCCUAAGCUACCCAGUCACCAGGAGCUAAAGGAAAUGCAGGAGAGGAGGAGACUGGAGGCUGAAGCUCGAUUAGCAGCAGACAAGGAAGCACGGCGUAAAGCAGAGGAGCAUGCAGCCGAGAUCUUGCGUCGCAGGGACCGGGACUCUAGAGACUCGCCACGGUCCACACCAACACGAUCCAGUAACAUCACUCCUCCAUCAUUUGCUAACCUCAGAAAGCGUCAGCAGGCAGAGGAAGUGAUGGUGGACACUGGCUGGGGAGCUGACUCUUCUGCACAUAAUGUCACUGAAACAGAUGAUCCCAUGAUCCAACAGAUGAAUAUCAUAAGGAAUUAUAUAAAACAAGCCAGGUGGGUAAAAAUUUGUGUGGCCAUUUGCUUUAGUGUUGAUUCCCAGUUGUUGAUUAUAUGUAAUUUAACUUACCCUGCCUUAGUGGGAAUAGUCAAUGUGUUAAUAAAAUAAAUAAUUUAGCCUAAUGCUACCAAGUG